AUGCCCUGCCUCCGCUUCCUCGUCCUCGUCAUCAUGACAACCCUCACAGCAGCCGCUCCUUCAAACGACGAAGUCAACAAACCCGACGACCAAUGGCUCCUCAGCGACACGACCACGUCCGCCCCAAUGACCACCGACUACCGCACCAUGCCGCCGGGGACGUACACGGAGACCAGGACGGACGGGUCGGUGCUGGUCAUAAUUGUGACGAUGCCAGCGCAGACGGAGACUUCGCUGCCUCCCAUGCCGACGUGCGAUAUUGCGUGCGAUUGCUCGAGGAUCGAGGACAAGGAAAGCGACGAGUUUUAUCAGUGCGUUACAAACCCAAACUGCAGGUUUUGUCAACCUUGA